AGUUCAGUAUCAGACAUUCAUCGGUUCGUUCGUGCGUUCAUUCGUCGGGAAGAAAAUCGAGAUCGAGCAGGAGGAAAAAAAAAGGCCAAUCUUUUUUCCACCGCAGUCUUGCAAACGUCGUCGACGUCUCGUCCGGGAGUUUUGAGUUGAGCGGAGUCGUGUUGUGUUCCGGAUCACACCGUGGGUUUGAACCGAACGGUGCAGCUUGUGAAUUAAUUUCCUCAUAUUUUAAUACAAAAUAAUCAGCGGAGAAAAAAAAAUCGGGGCGAGCGAGAGUAUCCGAGAGUGCGAUUGAAGAGUGUUUGGAGUUUCACGUCGAGGAAGCAACUCUUCAGCAGUGUGCAGCAGAAGUUAGUGAUCGUUCCGAUGGCAAAACAUUCCGUCGAGAAUUGAUUCAACUCCAGAAACUGGUGUGCAACAGUGAGUGACAACAACAGCAACAACACCAAGGUGAGAAAGAGCAGUGAGUUCCCUGUUUCAUCUCUCGCUUGUACACUCUCCAUGAGUUCCGCCGUGUGGGUGGUGGCGCACUCAUAUCACUAAUUAUCGUGAGUGGAUGGUGGUGAAGAGUUCCGGGUCGGCGCAAGAAGAAGAAAGGCUCUCAUCGUUUGCGAUUGAGUGCGCCCUAUGAGUGCGUGAGUGCUGCUAGUGAGUGGAUAGCCGGUGCGACGAAACUCUCGUCGAGUUCUCACCAUCGUAAUCAUCAGUUUUGAGUGUUUUUGUGCAUAUGUUGGUGGAAUAAUCCGGCCGGAAUACCAUCGAACUCUAAAUGGAAGAGUGCUGCCUGAGAACAGGAGUUCAGUUAGGAUACUAAUUAAAAUAUCCUCGACGCUCGGCCGACGAGGUCGACGCAGACUAGCUUCCACCCAGUAGCCGCCGAUCUGCCAUGCCGGGUAGCCGUUCCAGCAAUAACGACACCGAGCACAACAAGUCCCCUAGAGAGAGCGGCGAGGAUUCGGAGGAUGAAAGUGAAAUUCUAGAGGAAAGUCCGUGCGGAAGAUGGCUGAAGCGGAAAGAAGAGGUCGAACAGCGCGAUGUCCCUGGCAUCGACUGUGCACAUCUGGCGAUGGACACCGAGGAAGGUGUCGAGGUUGUCUGGAACGAAGUACAGUUUUCCGAGAGGAAGAACUUCAAAUCUCAAGAAGAAAAAAUACAACUAGUAUUCGAAAACCUUACACAGUUAGAGCAUCCAAAUAUAGUCAAAUUUCAUCGUUAUUGGACGGAUACGCAUAACGAUAAGCCUAGGGUAAUAUUUAUAACGGAAUAUAUGUCCUCUGGCUCCCUGAAGCAGUUUCUUAAGCGUACCAAGAAAAACGUUAAGAAACUACCACUGCAAGCAUGGAAGCGGUGGUGUACUCAAAUUUUAUCAGCACUUAGUUAUUUGCAUUCCUGUUCGCCGCCAGUAAUUCACGGCAACUUAACCUGUGAUACAAUAUUUAUUCAACAUAAUGGUCUAGUUAAAAUUGGUAGUGUAGCUCCAGAUGCCAUUCAUCAUCAUGUAAAAACAUGUAGGGAUAAUAUGAAAAAUAUGCAUUUUUUAGCACCAGAGUAUGGAACCGCCGCAUCGACGACCGCCAUCGACAUCUACUCGUUUGGCAUCUGUGCGCUGGAGAUGGCCGCGCUCGAGAUCCAGGGCAACGGCGAUUCGGGUACGCUAGUCACGGAGGAGCAAAUCAAACGCACUGUCGAGAGUCUUGAGGAUGCCCAGCAGAAGGACUUCAUCAUCAAGUGCCUCAGUCAUGACCCUGCCAAAAGGCCUACCGCCCGCGAGCUGCUGUUUCACCCGCUGCUGUUCGAGGUGCACCCGCUGAAGCUGCUCGCCGCGCACUGUCUGGUGAACACGUCGUCCAACUACGACGAGAUGCUGCAAAAGCUAAACAAACCGGACAUGGUGUACGCCGAGGUGCGGCAAACCGAGUUCCACCUGGGCGAUGUGACCGGCACGGAAAAGCUGGAAAAGUUCGUAGAGGAUGUAAAAUAUGGCAUUUAUCCACUGACUGCCUUUUCGGCACAAAAACCACCCGCUUCCCGACCACGAGCAAUAUCGCCCGAGACUGCAGAAUCGGUGAAAUCCGCCACGCCAGAGCCGUUAGAUAUUGAAACUAGGAGAGUUGUGAAUAUGAUAUGUAGUGUUAAGCCGCGAGAAGAAAAUUGUGAAUUAUUUAUGACAAUAUUAUUAAGGAUGGAGGAUAAGAUGAACCGACAGUUAACAUGUCCCAUCUCGCCGGACGAUUCAGCCGUCGCGCUUUCGCAUGAACUAGUACACUUAGGAUUUAUUCAUGAAACGGAUCGUGAAAAACUAGCCACAAUGAUAGAGGAUACGCUUAGGAACAAACAGCAGCAACUGCUGGGCGCGGCGGCAAAGAUGCAAUCGGCGGCGGCCCAGGCCGGCGAGCGGCUCGUGGCCACCGACGGUGGCGGCAGCAGUGGAUCCGGUGGGUCAUCGGACACGGUGGCGGCUAACCAUCUCCACCAUCAUGUUCCUGUUAAUUCGGCCAGUCUGGAACGUGGCUGGAAGGUCGCGGAUGCCGCCGCGGACUCCCUAGUGACCAUGCCGGUCAUUAUGGAAACGUCCGGCGUCAGCGUCAACAGUCUGGACGCGAGUCUGCUCGCCAGUCUGGACGACGCCGAGGAGGCCCGUGAGCACCAGGACGAAGAGCUCGAAGCUCUGGAACGGGCCGCGGCCGUCGACGACGACGAAUGUCCCGAGCCAACGCGGGCCUUCAACAAUGUCGAACACGACUGCGACGACGGUGAGUACCGAAGAAACAGCAGCACGUCAACUGCGCUGCCCGGCCGGAGAUCGGCCCGACCCUCCCGAACUUCCAUUGACCCGGAAGGCGAGCUGUGCCGUAGUGAGACGAUCGAAUCGUACGAGGCUACCGAGUAAUAAGGCAUACACUGAAUAGAGAGAAGAAAAAAAACAACUACCACUUAGUCGUCGUCUGUAAGGUAACGAGAGAAGCACUCCUCUACCACGUAAGCAUUAUUUCUAUUUUGUACAUUAAAGAAUAAAAUGAGACAAAAAGGAUAUCAAAUGAAUUGCUAUGUAAUUACAUAAACAAAAACAACCAACACUUAAAUGGAAACAAAUAAAAACCACUCAAAUACGUACACAAACUUAAUCAUGCCAUUGAUGCAAGGAAAUAGACACAAGCCCAGACGAAGACGAAAAAAAACGGAAAUGAUGUUCAGUUUUGCUUGAAAAUAGUUGUCGUUCACUAAAUGUAGUUUCGUUCUUUAAAAAUUGCAAAUCUUCUUGUGAGAGAGAAAAUGCUAUACAAUUCUCUCCGACAAAUAGCCUUUUGGUACGUUCUCAGCUGUUUUGUUAUUAUUUGCUCGCGCUCUCUCACAGAAACUUUUUGAGAGAGUUAAACAAAACGAAUGGUUUAGAAGAGAACAUGAUGCUCCUUCAGAGAGAACUCGAUGGUCGAUUUACUCUUGGAUUCGCUUCCUUUGACAUAAUCGCAUCACCUUUGCGCCCGGAUUGCGUUGCUCUCUUUUAAAACUCUGGAAGAGAAAAUGAAGCUAAAGCAUCGCAAAGCAAUGUACGGAAACGCGAUUUGAUCAGAGAGAUUUGGUGCCACUCGCAAUCUCUUCGAAAUUUCAAGAAAUUCACUCUCAGCUCUUCAAAAGUCUUAGUAAAAAGUCCUUUCCGCCUUUUUCAGACUGAAAAAAAAAUAUUUCUUUUAUUUUUCUUUUACUCUCUCUCUUUCUCUUCCCUAGAAAUUUUCCUGCUAGAGAAUAGAGACGUGCUUAAAAGGGACUCAAAUUGAGACAGUUUUUAAAAUUCCAAUACUCUUUCCGACAUUUCCAGAUUAUUAUUUUUAUUGAUCAAAAUUUUGUUGGUAUUUGGCUGUUUUGAAUACCCUGCCUCAAGGCGGUUUCAGUAAGUCUAAAAAAAACAAAAAAAUGUUUUAAGGACUCAAAAAAAUGAUUUUGCAUUUUUCCUUUUUUCCUUUUUUUUAUUUUUAUUACUCUCUUUCUCAGAAUCAGUGUGAGAGAACAAGCUCGUAGAGGUGAAGAUGCGAUUCGGUGAGAAAGUUUGUACCUUUCACAAUCACUGCGGAGUGGAAUGUUUGUCUUGUUUUUGGUCCAUUUGUUUGAUUUUCUCUUCAACUCUCUUUUUUCAAAUCAACUGAACCAUGGAAACUUCGCUCUUUACUUUCUUUCACUCUCUUCUAUGAAAAAAUGUGCACUAGGAAAUUAUUUUAUUUAUCAAUUUGUCAAAAAGAAGGGAAAUUGUAUCUCCAAUGUUUUUCGGAUAUUUUUUUAUCCUUUUUUAACUUUUAAUUUGAUAGGAUUUGGGUAAGAAAAAAAUCCGUGGAGAACAAAAAGAGAAAAAAAUAUCGCAGAGUACGAACACUUAACAUGGCGGGAGAGGUUUUAUGUCGCUCUCAAUCUCUUCGAAAUUUCAGGAAUUUCGCUCUCAGUCAUUGUAUCAGUCGAAAGUCUCUCUGAUCGGUAUCUGACUUUGAAAAAAAAAAAUCUGUAGAAUAGAAAAAAAAUGUUAAAGGCUUUCGAUAAUAAUUUUAGACAAUAUUUCUGACUCCAUUUUUUCUGGAACGGAAAAUAACUAGUGAACGGUCGAGUUUUUUUUUUUUUCUUUGAAAAUUGACAUCCAACAGUGCAAAAACGGAACAACAAAACAUCAAAACUGUAGGGAAUUUGAAAAUAAAACGCGAACUUUUGAACAAAAACCUCUCUAAUCAAUCACACACACACCCCAGGCAUAGUCAAUCGUCUCAGCCCGCGAAUCGGAAGCAAGCACUUCCACGUGUAAUUAUAAAAGUCUAAUCAAGAAGUCGCCAGCAGUAUAAACAAAACGAAAAAUAGUAACAGCAGCCGUUUUUAAACAAGUAAAAUGCACGGAAAGCAACGCGAAGACUCUUUUUUUUCAUGGCUGGUGGCAACAUUGUAAAAAAUAACAGUAAAAGCCGAGCUCUUUUAAGUAAACGUACGUAUUACAAACAUUGAAAGGGGGAAAUCGCCGUAGGUCAGUUCCAAGAUCUGAUCGGACGCGCGUGCUGAUUAUUGUGGUACGUGGGUGCGCGCGAGUGUGUCUGUGUGCUUCGUGGAAUGUGUGGGUAUUUGAUCUGGUGUGUGAGGAUAAAUUGGAAAAGAAAAUGAAAUCAAAUCGAGAACGAGAGAGAGAGAAACAAGAGGACAGUUAUUUAACUCUAUGAUAGUCAUUAAACUACGAAAAAAAUAAAACAUCCAAGAAAACAAAGUCAGCUUGUGAGCAGCAACACAAAAAACGCGUGAAAUUAAUAAAACUGCAAAUAAAAAAAUCA